GUGACUUGACAUUCAAAUGGAACGGCGAUACUGAUCCUGAUUAUAUCAAAAUCAAAUUGGGGACACGCCGAGAGAGUGAGUGGAUACAAGUUGAAAAUAACCAGUAUACGGUGAAGGAUAUACUGAAGUAUCCCAACGUAACAAUUACGGUGGAUGAGAUUCAGCCAUAUCCCUCAAAGACAUACCAAGUCUCAAAAAUCGAUUCUCAAGAAGGAGAGAUGAAAAAUCUAACGUGGACAGCUGAUUUCUUUCCAAGGAGUGGACAAUACCAUAUAUAUCAUUUUUAUGGUGACAAAGACAAAACAGUAAUCCAAGUGCGAGAUGAUAGUGCUACUUCAAUUGAUCCUGUAAAAUAUACUUACCACACCAGACCCUACAACUCCAUCAAUAUAGUAUUUGAGGUGAAAAACAUAACAUUAAAGGAUGCUGGAUAUUAUGGAGGUGGCACGUCACAGAUUGCUGCCAGAAGUGGAUCGGGUGUAGUUCUUGUGGUGAAAGGGAAACCAACAAAACCUGAGAUUAGAGGAACCAUGAACUCAACCGAAAACAGCGAUUUUUCACUGACCUGUACCAGUCAGUCAACCUCUCGUCCGUCUUAUUACUCAAAAACUGUAUCCUUAAACUAUAUCUGGUACAGGAACAACACCGUCAUUGAUUCAGAGACCAAAAUGACUCUGAGAUUUCCCAGGAUUUCUAGAGACGUCAGAUUUAACAAAUAUUCAUGUCAGUCGAAGGAAAGUAUUGUGUCCGAAGAAAGUGAGGAAAUUCAGAUCAAUGUUUUGUACGGUCCCAACAGUGUUGCUAUUACCCCUCAGCUUCCAGUACAUAAGACAGUGUCUGUCAAAAACGGAGAUUAUAUUGGACCGUAUAACUGUCAGGCUGAUUGUAAUCCGCCCUGUACCAUUCAGUGGAACUACAAACUCUCCAAUGGAACGUUUCGAGAAGCAAAGUCAAACGGAUCAACAUUGUUACAGCAACGAGUGUUCAGAGACCAAGUCUUGUUUCGAUGUGUGGCAAGGUCGACUUACGACAAAUUGCUGCAUACACCAAUCAUUCUGUAUAUACGGUGUAAGAAUUUUAUUGUUAACACCUUUAUGAAACACAUUUAA